AUGUAUUACCCAUUUAGCCCCCCGAUCAGGGUUACGAAAAAUCAUAACGGCGUGAAUGGGACCGUCACGUAUCGUGAUGGUGUCUCGCCCGGUAGGAAAGCUUACGAGCACCAGGUAACUUCCGACCGUCAUCAGGCUACUGCUGCAAAAACAACUCAAAAACCUUCAAAUGAUCUGAAUUUACAGAUUGGUACAUGGAAUGUAAGAACGCUUUUUACAUUUGGUCAGCUUGCAAAUAUAAAAUUGGAAAUGGACAGAUUGAACACUGAUAUACUUGGAAUCUGCGAAACAAGAUGGACUGGAAACGGACAGUUUUUCUCAGACAGCUAUGUAAUUGUUUACUCAGGUGGCGAAGUACAUGCAAGAGGAGUGGCAAUAGCAAUAAAGAAAGAAUUGACAAAAUUUAUUCUCGGAUGCUGGACUCUCUCCGAUAGAGUAAUGGUGCUAAAGCUCAAAGGCAAGAAAUUUGAUAUCAACAUUAGUCAAGUUUAUGCACCAACUUCUAACUCAACUGAAGAAGAUAUAGCCACCUUUUAUGAACAACUAGACAUGGCAUACAAGACUUGUAAAAGUCAAGAAAUAAAAAUUUUAAUGGGGGACUUCAAUAUAAAAGUUGGUAGGGGUAAACACGAAACAGUUGCGGGUCCUUUUGAACUCGGAGAAAGAAACGAUCGGGGAGAUACUUUUAUUCAAUGGUGCGAAGAAAAAGACUUAGCCAUAAUGAACACUUGGUUUCAACACCACAAUAGAAGAUUAUACACUUGGAAAAGUCCUGGUGAUCAAAGCAGAAACCAGAUCGAUUACAUCUGUAUAAACCAAAGAUUUAGAAAUGGUAUAAAACAGUGCAAAACCAUCCCUACCGCUGACUGCAACAGCGACCAUAUUCUCUUAGUUGCCAAGAUGGUCGUUCGACUGAAAAAUAUCAAAACUAUAAGAAAGGAACCGAAGACUGAUUUCAAUUUAUUAAAAACCAACAACAUUGCAAAUCAAUUCAAGAUAGAAGUCACAAAUAGAUACAACGAACUAACAAUAGAAAAAAAUCACAAUGAAGACCCAUGUGCAAAAUGA